ACAGUGGAGUUAUGUGACCGUCAGUAAACGUCGUGAUGUUAUUCGUGUUUUUCGUCGUAUUAUUGAUUGGAAAAUUCAGAUUGACGUUUCAUGAGACUUGCGACAGGUUUGUCGUGCCGAUAUAAAUAGCUAUUAGAAUAAUGUUAUAAGAAUAAAAGUUAUCUUUAAAAAAGUGCUGCAGCAAAUGCCUGUUUACUGGUUCUCUAAAAUGUAUCUGUGCGUUAAAAAUAUUUAAAUAUAGGCCUAAAUAAAGACCAUAUUGCUAGCCUGUCAUUUUACUAUAUUGUAAAAACGUUUGAAAUAAGUAAAAUGUUAUUAUUUAUUUGAAAAUGUACAUUAGGCUAUAUUUAACAAGGCAAUGCACUUUAUUUUUAAAAUAGGAUUGUGUUAUAAAUAAAACGUAUUAUAACCUUAAAAUCAUUCAGAGCAAAUAAGCUUAAAUAAUUUAAUGACAUUUACAGAACUGUAAAAUAAAUGUUUUUAUCCCAAAUGCCAUAAUUCGACUAGGCCUGUUUUCUGUCAGCUUGGCUAAUAUGCGCUGGAACAUUUACUGAAUUGUGUGCUGAAUAAGUGUGAAAGUAGAACGUUUUGAUGUUUUCCUCAUGAUGUUAUUUAUUAAUAACUUUAUUCGUUUUAUUAAAUAACAUGUGAAGCGUAGUAUAUGCUUUAUAAAGACAGCUUACUUUAGGCUAGUGUUCUUUUUAGCAUUCAUCCGACUCUAAUAUGAUUAGUGAAAUGCUUAAUAUUGUUUACAGAUGGUUUAACACUUUAAAUAGCGCGCAAUAUCUCCAGUCGGAUUUAAAUAAUCAUUAGAGAUAUCCAAACACGAAAGCGAAAGCAAGUGUAACUGUUUCAUUUCGGGUCAUCGGAGAGUUUCAUAAAUCUUAUUUAGUGCUUGUGCAUGCGCAUGGGUGGAGUUUCACCUUCUCCAUAUUCAGAAGCUGGGUGGCUGCUUGAAUCUCCCACUCUUUGCCGUAUAAAGAGUGGCCCUCGGUCUCUUUAAGACAAGACAAAUUAACGACUUGCACAAAUAAUUGGCUGAGUUGCUUCAUUUUUGACAUCACUAAAACAUUUAUGGUGUCCAUUGACGCUCUUCAUGCUUGAGUCGAGGCCAGAGGACCAUGAUGGAGUACUUGAGCGACAAGUUCUCCUUGAAAAGUCAAGCGAUUAAAGGCAGUGAUUACUACAUGGACCAAGUUAUGGAGACUUUAGACAAUGUGCCGUUCUACAACAAGACAUCACCGAAAUGCGUGCAAUCCUUCUCGAUGCAGAGCAAUGAGCAACACAGCACGAUGGACCGAUCGUCUCCGUGUGACAACCGAAACAGCGUGAAUUACUGCGCUCCAAAAACUGAGGACGGCAGCCUGCACGCGAUGGAGAACUGCUGCAGUGUCAGAGUCUCUCCGGCCACGACCGGACCAGACAAAACGGAGCUGGACGACAUCGGCGAAAAAUGCGACAGCAACGUGUCGAGUAGCAAGAAGAGACGUCAUCGCACAACCUUUACCAGCGCUCAACUUGAGGAACUCGAGAAAGUCUUCCAGAAAACACACUACCCAGAUGUGUACGUGAGAGAACAGCUGGCCAUGAGAACAGAGCUCACGGAGGCAAGAGUUCAGGUAUGGUUCCAGAACAGAAGAGCCAAGUGGAGGAAGAGAGAAAGGUAUGGACAGAUCCAACAGGCCAAAAGCCACUUUGCAGCAACCUAUGACAUAUCAAUGCUGCCCCGGACAGACAGCUACUCACAGAUUCCCAACAACUUAUGGACCGGUCCCGCUCCAGGCAGCUCCGUAGUGUCGUCCUGCAUGAUCCCGCGAGGUUCCCCUCCCUGCGUGACAUCACCCUACCCACACUCGCCGAGGGCCGCUGAGCACGGUUACGUGGGCUUCCCCAAUCACCAGCAAAAUCAGUUUGGAGUUAAUCACGUGUCUCUCAAUAACUUCUUCGCCGAUUCACUCCUGGCUCCUUCGCAGAACAGUCACGCCGCGUUUGAGACCAAACCCGAGUUUGAACGGCGGUCCUCCAGCAUUGCUGUACUGCGCAUGAAGGCUAAAGAACACGCAGCCAACAUAACUUGGGCCAUGUGAACUCUAAACUUAGUCCAAUAUUCAUGAUCGGAACUGUUUUUGCCUAAUAAUAAUAAUACAGUCAGUUACUUUCAUGAAAUAGUGGCUGCCCAGUUUAUAUCAUUACUUAUAUGGAACAAACAAAGAUUUCAGCCCAUUUAAAAAGUAUUAAUUUAAUUAAAACAUCUCUGAAUAGUGUUUUUUCUUCUUUUGUUUAAGCAUCUCUUGUUGUCAUGAAUAUGAAGGGCGCAGAACUCAACAGUAUUAUACUCUCAUGACGUUAACAGAGAGGUUAUGGCUGACAUACUAACACUAUGUCUGUGUGCUUUGCAGCAAAGCUGUAUUAACGCUCUCUAGCUGUGGCUAGUCUGCAGUGCCACAUGCAGAGGAGCACAUUUUUUUUAUUUUAUGGGAAUAAAAGUUCAUUCAAAUAA